AUGGAGUUUCUAGCCUCGCUUGUUCCUCCUGUGUUGGCUCCCUUCAUCGAGACCCUAGUGAGCAAUGCACAAGUGCUUGGCGUCGCAUUGGUCUCAAUCGGCGCUCUUUACCUGGGAUACGCUUUCGUUCUGAGCAGCAGGGAGGCGGCUGUAUCGUUCAAUGUGCCCAUCCCGGCUGAAGUGCGAACGAAUUGGGCUGGAAAGAAAUGGGAGGACGUGCAGGGUGAGGAAAAGAAGGUGCUUGAAGGACAGACUAGAGGACAAUGGAACAACAAAUUGAUCAUGAGCUACUGCCCCGCCGAUGGACGAGUUCUGGGCACCGGUAUUAAACCUGCGACCGCCGAGGAUGUCGAUCGGGCGAUUCAAGCUGCAAAGAAUGCACAAGUCGAAUGGGCCAAGACUGGGUUUGCUGAGAGGAGGAAAGUUCUGCGGACAUUGUUGAAGUAUGUUCUCGAGCAUCAAGAAGAGAUCGUCACGGCAUGCUGCUUGGAUUCGGGCAAAACCAAGGUCGACGCCUCGUUCGGAGAGAUCCUUGUCACGGCGGAGAAGCUGAAGUGGACCAUCGACCAUGGCGAAACGGCUCUGACGGCUGAAUCGCGACCUACCAACUUCCUGAUGAUGUACAAGAAGAACAAGGUCGUCUAUGAGCCCCUCGGCGUCGUUUCUGCUUGCGUGUCCUGGAACUAUCCAUUCCACAACUUCAUCUCCCCGGUCAUCAGUGCUAUAUUCGCAGGAAACGGAAUCGUGGUGAAGCCCUCCGAACAGACCGCAUGGUGCACCUCGUUUUUCCUAGAGAUCAUUCGGGGCGCCCUUUCCAGCUGCGGCCACCCGAGAGAGCUGGUGCAAAGCGUCGUAUGCCUUCCAGACGUCGCGGAUGUCCUGACCUCGCACUCGGAUAUCUCCCAGAUUACGUUCAUCGGUUCCCGACCCGUCGCUCACAAAGUGUGUGAAUCCGCAGCAAAGGCGCUAACUCCAGUGACCGUGGAAUUGGGUGGUAAAGACCCGUCAGUCAUUCUCGACGACGCCCGGACCGUAAGCGAAAUAUCCUCCAUUGCCUCUGUACUCAUGCGUGGCGUGUUCCAAUCCGCCGGACAAAACUGCAUCGGCGUCGAACGUGUCAUCGCUUUGCCAGGCGUGUACAACAAGCUCCUGGACAUCAUCAGCCCCCGCAUCGCCGCCCUGCGUCUCGGAUCCGUUCUACUCGAUACCCGGGCCGACGGGUCCCAGCAGAAACCCGGUGCCCCGGAUGUCGGCGCGCUCAUUUCCCCAGCCUCCUUCGACCGUCUGGAAUCCCUCAUCGACGACGCAGUCCGACAAGGCGCCCGCCUCAUCUGCGGCGGGAAACGCUACAACCACCCCAAAUACCCACACGGCCACUACUUCACCCCGACACUCCUCGCCGACGUCACGCCGUCGAUGAGAAUCGCGCAGAUCGAACUCUUUGCCCCCGUCUUCGUCCUCAUGCGCGCCGACUCCGUGCCCCACGCCAUCAGCAUCGCCAACUCAACCAUGUACGCCCUGGGCGCCAGCGUCUUCGGCUACAACCAGGCGGACGUCGCAGCGUGCGUGGCCCAGAUCAAGGCCGGCAUGGUCGCCGUAAACGACUUCGGGACCUUCUACACAGUGCAGUUGCCCUUUGGCGGCGUCAAGGGAUCCGGGUAUGGUCGGUUCGCGGGCGAAGAGGGACUGCGCGCCGUGAGCAACAUCAAGGCAGUCUGCGUGGACCGAUUCCCCAAGCUGGUGGGGACGAGGAUCCCGCCCCGGCUGGACUACCCGAUCCGGAAGGGCGAUGAUGCUCGGCAGAAUGGCACGGGGGCGUGGGAGAUGUGCAAGGGUGUCGUGGAGACGGGGUACGAGUUGACGCUGGCGGGCCGGAUCCGGGGAAUCCUGCGGCUGUUGACGAACAUUUGA